AUGGAGAAUGAUGUGCUAGAGAUGGUUCUGAAGGGCUGUUCUAGAGUUGUAUUUGAUAGCGAUAGAGGAGGUCUACCUUCAUCCAGCCUUGAUACAGAAACGGUGGAAGUUUUUACUUUAGAGAAAUUCAAAGACCUGAUCGUUUCUCACAUAAAGGAAGGAAAGGAUUUCAUAAUUGCUGAAGUGACCACAAGGGAUCCCUUGACGGAGUCUGUUUUCAGAAGCUACUACUCUGCAAUUGAAUUGAAUAGGAUUCUUUUCUGUGUUGAAGGUAAUAACAAUCCUUUAUACAGAGUAACUGCCAGGAACCCAAUAAACAACCUUAGGAUCACUGGAAAGGUUUUUUAUUACAAAAUAACAUGGAGGACUUUGUCUGAUGUAGUGAAGUCAAGGGAGUGCGCUUGCGAUAAUGAAAUGCUGAUCAAAGCAAACUAUUUUGCCAAUGAUGAGGACCUUCUUUUUGACCCAUCUAUUAGAGGAUAUUUUGCUAAGAACCUUAUUGAGGAAGGAUACUUUGUGCAUAGGCUUGAACAAAUGGAAAGUUCGAUGGUGAUUUCCGAAGAUCUGCUAGAGAAUUAUCGCGACGAUAAGUUCGGUCUUAAGAUUAUACUUUAUACAAACAUAGGGACAAUACUAGUUAUCUUUGGCAUGUGUAUACUUCUUGGGUCUAAAGAGGCAUUUAUUGUUGCAAUGGCACCUCUCUCGAUGACCCUCCUCUUCUCAAUUCUCUUCCUAAUCCUCUAUGUCUUACUUUUUGAGGCACCUGACGGCUUUUCAUCGAUAUUCAACUUUAGAAAAAGUAGACUUAGUUGA